AUGAAAUAUGAUUGUAAUGGUUCAAAUUUUUGUGAACAUCAAGGAAAUUGUUUUCUAGAUGAUGAUAAAUGUCCGACAUCAGCAUUUUGCGCUUGUCCUAAUUGUUAUUUUGGAUCAAAAUGUCAAUUUUCUACUAAAGGAUCAACUCUAUCAUUGGACAUCUUUUUAGGUUAUCAUAUUCGUUCGACAUUGAAAUUUUCCUUUCUACUUCUUAUACAUAUUGGUUCAAUUACGGAUCGUACAUUUUAUUAUAUUCAAUGCUUAUCAAUUGACUUUCUACUUCGAUCUCUUCUAUGUACUAAUGAUUGGCUUAGUGCUUUUGUUGCUAUCGAAAGAGCAAUGAAUGUUGUCAAAGGAGUUAAAUUCAAUAAGACUAAGAGUAAACAACUGGCUAAAUGGAUGAUAUUGAUUAUUAUGGUUUUCAUUAGUAUUACUUUCAUUUAUGAUCCCCUUCAUCGUAAUUUAGUUGACGAUGAAGAAGAACAACGUGUAUGGUGUGUUACUAAAUAUUCAUCAUCUAUGCAAACAGUUGAUUGGAUUAUGAAUAUUUUUCAUUUUUCACUGCCACUCUUGAUUAAUUUUAUUUCCUCAUUAGUUAUUAUUUUUAUUCUAGCUCGUACUCGUUCAAAAUCUCAGAAAACAAAGUCAUAUGAAGAACAUUUGUUUGAACAAAUUAAAUAUCAUCAACAUUUACUUAUUUCACCAUUUCUUCUUGUUACAUUAGCUGUUUCUCGCUUAAUUAUAUCAUUUCUAUCUAGUUGUAUGAAAUCAGCUCGAGAUUCUUGGUUUUAUCUUUUUGGUUAUUUCAUUUCAUUCAUUCAUUCCAUCGAUACUGACACUUGGAAUAUUUAUUUUACCAUCCAAGAUAUAUAA